CAUCCACGAUAUUUGCAUCAUGAUCGAUCAUCGUGUAAUGGCUAUUGUGUUUAAUCUCAUCAUCUUCUCCGGGACACCCGUGUUACUGCUCUUCUUCCCAAGUCUAUCGGCCCCGGUCACAGCUACAGUCAUGAUGAUAACUUGGCUGUUCUUACUUUUUCUAGUGAAUAUAUCUACUCCUGAUGUUCUCGACCUGGACGGCGCCACGUUUCCAAUGUUCCGCGUAGUGUUUUGCGCCUUGUAGAUCAUCGGGGUUGCCUUGUUAGUAUGAUGGUUGGGCG